GUUGAUAACUAACGUAUUUUCGCGGACGACACAACAGAUCGCUUUCUGAAGUAGUUCAGAUAAAGCCCACAAAAACAUCCAGAUUGAUAUUUUCGGCAAAAAUAAAUAUCAAACUAAAAAUAUAUUUAUAUUUACACACACAGAAUGUACUUGAGAAAUUUGACCAAGUUUUUGUAAAUUCUUGCAAAGUCCAAACCGCCAGAAUAAUCGUGAAGGUACAAGUGUCGUGUUUUUUCGUCCCCGGCUGUUCCAGGCGAAUUGUCAAAUUUACUACGGAGACAACAGACAACAGAGAACGGAGUACGGAUUCUUUGAGACUCGCGCGCGUAUCUCUUAUCAGGAGUCGACCAGGCACUCAUCAAGUGAAAGUUGCCAGUUAUCGGGGUGUACGGUGUGGGAAACUACGGAACGGAGAAAGUAGAAUACUAAACGCAAAACAAAUAAAUAACGCACUGAGGAGAAUAAACAAAAGUGAGAGAGCAAAAGAAAUCGCACAAUAAAAAGCAACGCGCCCUAAAAACAAAUUUGUGAUAUGUAUUUGAACAUAUUCAUUGUGAAAGUGAAUUAAAUACGCGGACAAGCGUUUCAAUUAAGCGAAAACCGGAAACGAAAAAAUCACCCAAAAAUGUAUGGCUUCGUUAACUACGCCCUGGAGCUGCUGGUUCUGAAACACUUUGGCGAGGAGCUAUGGGAGAAGAUCAAAAAAAAGGCCAUGGUCAGCAUGGAGGGACAGUUUCUGGUGCGACAAAUUUACGACGAUGAAAUAACAUACAAUCUAAUUGGAGCAGCUGUUGAGAUACUCAAUAUACCCGCUGAUGAUAUUCUGGAACUGUUUGGCAAGACCUUCUUUGAGUUCUGCCAGGACUCGGGCUACGACAAGAUCCUGCAAGUGCUUGGAGCCACGCCGCGUGAUUUCCUGCAGAACCUGGAUGCCUUGCACGACCAUCUGGGCACCCUGUACCCCGGCAUGCGGGCUCCCUCCUUUCGGUGCACGGAGAAGGACGGCGAGCUGCUGCUGCACUACUACUCGGAGAGGCCUGGCCUGGAGCACAUCGUCAUCGGCAUAGUUAAGGCCGUUGCAUCGAAGCUCCAUGGCGUCGAGGUGGAAAUCGACAUUGUAAAACGCAAAGGAGAGCCCAUCGACGAGGCCGAGAAGCUGCGCGCCCUCGCCCGCGAGCAGCAGCAGUUGGAGACGGACGCGGCGACAGCCGCUGCGGCGGCCCUCGCUCCUCCCACGGAUGCCGAGCGAAACAAUAAUCACAAUCCCAGCAGCAAUAAUGGCCUGGCCAACAACAGCAACGGUGCCAACGUUAACCUCAACAACAACAACGAUGGUCAAGAGAAUGCCAGCGAGACAGAACCCUCCAUUGCACUACCGGGCGGACCCGUGCCACAGGACAGCUUCGAUUGCGACGGCGACAAGGAGCAGAAGUGCCUGCGGCUCCUGAAGAACAAGAGCGACGACAUCGAGCGCUACGACCAUGUGCAGUUCGUCAUCAGGGAGAUCAAUGUGGCGGACAAGUCUCAAGUGGAUGCCAAGAAGGAUGAGGUGCCCGAUGACAUGGAGUUUCUGUGCGAAGCGCCCCUCAUAUCGCCCGCCACAUUCUGCAAGGUGUUCCCCUUCCACCUGAUGUUCGAUAGACAAAUGAGAAUUGUUCAAGCUGGGAAGGCUGUCUCUCGUGUAAUACCCAGAGUGGCCGAGGAGAACUGCUCCCUGAUAGAAGUGGUGGAGGCCAUCCGGCCGCAUCUCCAGCUCAACUUUGAGAACAUUCUCUCCCACAUAAACACCAUCUAUGUGCUGCAGACACGACAGGGGGCCAUGAGCAGCCGGCACGAGCAGCGCUUUCUGAGACUGAAGGGACAAAUGAUGUACAUACCGGAAACGGAUCGCAUAUUGUUUCAGUGCUAUCCGAGUGUCAUGAAUCUGGACGAUCUAACCAAGAAGGGGCUAUACAUCUCGGAUGUGCCGCUGCACGACGCGGCCAGGGAUCUGGUGCUGCUCUCCGAGAAGUUCGAGGCGGAGUACAAGCUGACAAAGAACCUGGAAAUGCUCACGGAUAAGCUGCAGCAGACGUUCCGCGAUCUGGAGAGCGAGAAGCAGAAGACCGACAGGCUCCUCUACUCGGUGCUGCCCAAGUCGGUGGCAAAUGAGUUACGACACCAGCGUCCAGUGCCGCCCAAACGCUAUGACUCCGUGACGCUGAUGUUCUCGGGCAUUGUGGGCUUUGGCCUAUACUGUGCGGCCAACACGGAUCCCGACGGGGCCAUGAAAAUCGUGAAAAUGCUUAACGAACUCUACACGGUCUUCGAUGCCCUCACCGACUCGAAGCGUAACCUGAAUGUGUAUAAGGUGGAAACCGUUGGCGAUAAGUACAUGGCCGUGUCCGGGCUGCCGGACCCCUGCGAGGAUCACGCCAAGUGCAUGGCACGCGUGGCCCUGGAUAUGAUGGACAUGGCCAAGAAUGUGAAAAUGGGCUCAAAUCCAGUGCAAAUUACCAUUGGCAUUCACUCGGGCGAGGUCGUGACAGGCGUGAUUGGCAAUCGAGUGCCGCGUUACUGUCUGUUCGGCAACACCGUGAACCUCACCAGCCGUACGGAGACCACAGGCGUGCCCGGCCGCAUCAACGUCAGCGAGCACACCUACAGACUGCUGUGCCAGGCGAUCAACCAGGAUGAUUCAUUUCAUUUGGAGUACCGCGGCCCGGUUAUCAUGAAGGGCAAGCCCACGCCCAUGGACUGCUGGUUCCUGACGCGUGCCACCAGCAGUCUGGGGGCGAGUGGCAGCGGCGCCACAGCCGGCGGCAACGGAAGCCUGGACUCGCCGCUCCUCCAGCCCACCACGCCGACAGGCGCGCCGGGUGCGAGCAGUCAAAGAUUGGGCGCCCAUGCCAGUGUCUCACGUACCUCGUCGGCCGGAGCAGGGCCUGGUGCCGGUGUUGGUGUUGGUGCUGGUUCCGGGGCCGGCGGGGCAGCCAGUGCGACCCCAUUGGACACAUAGGAAAUGUGCAAAGAUUCGUCUUGCUGCUGCUGAAACAUCCUGUAAAGUUGCCACACAGCAAGCGCUACGUGUCUGUGUGUCAGUCUUGUCCGUCUGUCCGUAUGUCCGUCUGUUGGUCUGCCUGUCUGGUCCUGCAAGUCGACCACUUAACCACUUCAUUUCUAUGACUUUGUAUUUGUCCUGCCUGCAUCUGUGUGUCCUGCAUGUGUAUCUGUGUCUGAGUAUCUCUGUGUGUGCUUGUGAUUGUUGCUGGUGGCACGUUGCGGCUGGAGUCAGAGACGUCGGAUCGUGUUGCAAGGUAAUUUAUGUUAAUGCUCUCUGCAGGUCCCACUGCAUUCAGGCCAACCCAAAGAGCAACUCCCAGCUCCCAACGCCCAACCACUUAGGCAAGUCACUUUACAAAUGAUUUACAUUCCUUCAGCUGCCGCACGGCAUACAUCCACCGCAUACACCGUACUCGUAAUUCAUGCCACAUUAUCUGGCUAUUUGCUCGGAUCCAUUGGCAUUAGUUUAAGUUGAAGCCAGGGCCUCGGGCCUUAUCUCGGCAGCAGUUCCAAACAAAUUUUAAUUCCAGCCAUAAAGAGG